AUGGAGUUUGUGCUGGUGGGUUUCUCCAACCUCCCAGACCUGAGGACCACUCUCUUUGCCCUGUUCUUCCUCACAUACCUGGUCACCCUCAGUGGCAACGUCACCAUCAUCACCACCAUCCACGUGGAUAGGACCCUUCACACUCCCAUGUACCACUUCCUGGCAGUGCUGUCCCUCUCUGAGACCUGCUACACGCUGGUCACCAUCUCAAAUAUGCUGGCUCAUCUGCUCAUGGAGAGCCAGGCCAUCUCCAUCGCUGGCUGUGGGGCUCAGAUGUUCUUCUUCCUGGGCCUGGGAUGCAGCCACUGCUUCCUCCUCAACCUGAUGGGUUACGACCGCUAUGUAGCCAUCUGCCAUCCCCUGCGUUAUUCAGUGAUCAUGAGACCCCCCAGUUUGCCUCACCCUGGGAGCCCUGGUUUUCUGCUCCGGGUUCUCGGUGGCUUUGAUGGACACCAGCAUGAUCUUCUCCUCACCCUUCUGCCGCAGCGACCGCGUGGAGCACUUCUGCGACAUCGCCCGGUCCUGAGGCUCAGCUGUGUGGGGAGUGCCGGCAUAGCGCUGGGCGUCUUCUUCCUGAGCGUCCUCGUGGUGCUGGUCUCCUUCCUUGUCGUCCUCCUCUGCUACGGCUUCAUCGUGGCCGCCAUCGUGAGGAUGCCCUCCGCAGCCAGUCGGCACAAGGCAUUCUCCACCCGCGCGGCCCACCUCACCGUGGUCAUUGUGCCUUUUGGCUGCGCCUCCAUCAUCUACCUGCAGCCCGAAUCCAGAGGGAACCCCGAGCAGGACCGCCUGGUGGCUGUGUUCUACACGGUGGUGACGCCGCUGCUGAACCCCGUGGUGUACAACUCUGCCCAACCAGGAGAGCGGGUCCGUGACUGCCCACUCUCGGCCAACUUGAAGGAGCAUGCGGCACGGCUGGUGUGGAAAGCAGGCUGUGCUCGGAAGGCCGGGAACCUACGGGCCAGCAGUGUGGCGCCAGCAAAAGGCCGCGGAAGGUGCCACCUCAUGGAGACUGCCGCUGCCGCCGCCCCUCCCGGGGGCAUCUUCCCCUCCUUCCUGCUCCUGGCCUUCGUGGCGCUGGCGGCUGCCGCGCUGGGCGCCGCGCACCACCUGGGGCUCCUCUUUCAGCUGAUGCACAAGUAUGAGAUAAUCCGGAAGUCGCGGCUGCCUGGGAGGAUCGCCCCUCUCCCCACCUGCCCUGGCGCCCUUGCCCUGGUCCUUGACCAUCUUGCUCCUCCCCCUCCUCGGGCUCAGGUGGACAAGACAAGCAUCCAGCAUGGCGGGGAGAAUGUGGCUGCGGUGCUGAGGGCCCAUGGUGUGCGGUUCCUCUUCACGCUGGUUGGCGGGCACAUUUCCCCACUGCUGGUGGCCUGUGAGAAGCUGGGCAUCCGUGUGGUGGACACGCGCCACGAAGUCACGGCCGUCUUUGCCGCUGAUGCCGUGGCCCGCCUGACUGGGACGGUGGGCGUGGCGGCAGUGACGGCAGGCCCUGGCCUCACCAACACGGUGACUGCACUGAAGAAUGCCCAGAUAGCUCAGUCUCCAGUCCUGCUUCUGGGUGGGGCCGCUGGCACCCUGCUGCAGAACCGGGGUGCGCUCCAGGCCAUUGAUCAGAUGUCCCUGUUCCAGCCAUUAUGCAAGUUCUGUGCUUCUGUGCGGAGGGUGCGGGACAUCGUACCCACCCUGAGGGCUGCGAUGGCUGCUGCCCAGUCAGGCACCCCGGGCCCAGUGUUUGUGGAGCUGCCUGUUGACGUGCUGUACCCCUACUUCAUUGUGCAGAAGGAGUUGGCGCCAGCCAGGCCAGUCAAGGGCCUCAUGGGUCGAGUGGUCUCCUGGUAUUUAGAGAAUCACUUGGCCAACCUCUUUGCAGGAGCCUGGGAGCCACAGCCCGAGGGGCCCCUGCCUGUGGAUAUCCCCUGGGCAUCCCCCCAGCAGGUUCAGCGCUGUGUGGAGAUCUUGAGCCGGGCCAAAAGGCCCCUUAUUGUGCUGGGGAGCCAGGCCCUGCUGCCCCCAAUACCUGCUGACAAGCUUCGGACUGCUGUGGAGACUCUGGGUGUCCCCUGCUUCCUGGGGGGAAUGGCACGGGGGCUCCUGGGCCGCAACCACCCCCUCCACAUCCGGCAGAACCGCAGUGCCGCCCUGCAGAAGGCAGACGUCGUCCUGCUGGCAGGAAUCGUCUGUGAUUUCCGCCUGUCCUAUGGCCGUGUCCUCAGCCACAGCAGCAAGAUCAUUAUUGUCAACCGUAACCGCAAAGAGAUGUUGAUUAACUCAGACAUCUUCUGGAAGCCCCAGGAGGCUGUGCAGGGAGACGUAGGCUCCUUUGUGGUGAAGCUGGUGGAAGGCCUUGGGGGCCAGACGUGGGCCUCCGACUGGGCAGAGGAGCUUCGGCGAGCUGACUGGCAAAAGGAACAGGCCUUUCGGGAGAAGGCGUCGAGGCCUGUGGCCCAGCACCUGAACCCGGUGCGGGUGCUGCAGCUGGUGGAGGAAACUCUGCCUGACAACUCGAUUCUGGUGGUUGACGGUGGGGACUUCGUGGGCACUGCCGCCCACCUGGUGCAGCCCCGUGGCCCCCUGUGCUGGCUUGAUCCUGGGGCCUUUGGGACUCUCGGGGUUGGCGCAGGAUUUGCACUUGGGGCCAAACUGUGCCGGCCGGAUGCCGAGGUCUGGUGCCUGUUUGGGGAUGGAGCGUUUGGCUACAGCCUCAUUGAAUUUGACACCUUCGUCAGACACAAGAUCCCAGUGAUGGCCUUGAUAGGGAAUGAUGCUGGCUGGACCCAGAUUUCUCGGGAGCAGGUGCCCUCUCUGGGCAGCAAUGUGGCCUGCGGCCUGGCUUACACUGAUUAUCACAAGGCAGCAAUGGGACUGGGGGCCCAGGGCUUGCUGCUCUCACGGGAGAAUGAGGAUCAGGUGGUUAAGGUGCUGCGUGAUGCCCAGCGGCAGUGCCGAGACGGCCACCCAGUCGUGCUCAAUAUCCUCAUCGGGAGGACGGACUUCCGAGACGGCUCCAUUGCUGUGUAGGGCCUCAUGCGUCAGUCCCCUUGGCUCCCUCCCACCCUUGAACUGUGCCCAGCUGGUUUGGAGUCUCAUCCUUGCUUGCCCUAGGCCUAUCCCAUGAGGCCCAGGGAUGCUACAGCCCUCUCUGAGGACAGGGAGGGGCUGGAGGAGUCAGAGCUUAAAGAAGCUCCCUGGCAGCACUGGAGGGCUCUUGGGCCUUUUUCUCUGUGGGCCCAACUGUGCACUCUUUUUCCUCUCUCCUCUCUUAUACACUGAAUAAACCACGUCUGGUCCACGUGGGCCCAAGUA